GCGCGCUGCGGCUCGGGCGGACGUUUGACAGAUGCUGAGAUGCAGGAGCCGCUGCUGGGCGCCGAGGGCCGGGACUACGACACCUUCCCCGAGGGGCCGCCGCCGCCGCGGGACCGGGCGCGGGCCGGGGCCCUGCCGAGCAGAAAGGUGUUCCUGGCCACCUUCGCGGCCGUGCUGGGCAAUUUCAGCUUCGGCUACGCCCUGGUCUACACGUCUCCCGUCAUCCCCGCCCUGGAGCGCUCCUCCGACCCGGGUCUGCGUCUGACCAAAGCCCAGGCGUCCUGGUUCGGGUCCGUCUUCACUCUGGGCGCUGCAGCUGGGGGCCUCAGUGCCAUGCUCCUCAACGACCUGCUGGGCCGAAAGCUCAGCAUCAUGUUCUCGGCAGUGCCCUCUGCCAUCGGCUACGCGCUCAUGGCUGGCGCCCACGGCCUCUGGAUGCUGCUGCUGGGGAGGAUGCUGACAGGCUUCGCCGGGGGCCUCACAGCUGCCUGCAUCCCUGUGUACGUGUCUGAGAUCGCUCCCCCUGGCGUUCGGGGGGCCCUGGGGGCCACGCCGCAGCUCAUGGCUGUGUUUGGAUCCUUGUCCCUCUAUGUUCUUGGCCUCCUGCUGCCCUGGCGCUGGCUGGCCGUGGCCGGGGAGGGGCCUGUGUUCAUCAUGGUCCUGCUGCUCAGCUUCAUGCCCAACUCCCCACGCUUCCUGCUCUCCCGGGGCCGGGAGGAGGAGGCUCUGCGGGCGUUGACCUGGCUGCGCCAUGCCACCGACACCCAGGACGUGCGCUGGGAGUUCCAGCAGAUCCAGGACAAUGUCCAGCGACAGAGCAGCCACAUGUCGUGGGCUGAGGUCCGGGACCCCUACAUGUACCGGCCCAUCCUCAUCGCCCUGCUGAUGCGCUUCCUGCAGCAGCUGACGGGCAUCACGCCCAUCUUGGUCUACCUGCAGCCCAUCUUCGACAGCACGGCUGUGCUGCUGCCCCCCAAGGAUGACGCAGCCAUCGUGGGGGCUGUGAGGCUCCUGUCCGUGCUGAUCGCCGCCCUCACCAUGGACCUGGCCGGCCGCAAGUUUCUGCUGUUCGUGUCAGCAACGAUCAUGUUCGCUGCCAACCUGACCCUGGGCCUGUAUGUCCACUUCAGCCCCAAGCCCCUGGCCCCCAAUGGCACUGUGGGCCUGGAGAACAUGCCCUGGGGGGCCACGGAGCAGCCCCCGGCCACACCCACCAGCUACCUCACCCUGGUGCCUCUGCUGGCCACAAUGUUCUUCAUCAUGGGCUACGCCGUGGGCUGGGGGCCCAUCACCUGGCUCCUCAUGUCGGAGAUCCUGCCCCUGCGCGCCCGAGGGGUGGCCUCGGGGCUCUGCGUGCUGGUCAGCUGGCUCACGGCCUUCGUCCUCACCAAGUCCUUCCUGCUUGUGGUGAACGCCUUUGGCCUGCAGGUGCCUUUCUUCUUCUUCACGGCCAUCUGUCUGGUGAGCCUGGUGUUCACGGGCUGCUGUGUGCCAGAGACCAAGGGCCGCUCACUGGAGCAGAUUGAGUCCUUCUUUCGCACGGGGAGGAGGUCCUUCCUGCGCUAGGUCGAGACCGCCUGGGACCUGUACACACUGCCCCUGAGACCAGGAGGUGGCAGCCGACCCGCUGCCCAUGGUGCUGCCUACACACAGACCUGCCAGGGAGGCGGCAGCACGGGCCAAGGAGGGCACACAGUGCCCAGGGACAAGGCCCUGCUGGGUGACCUCAGGCCUGGCUCCUUGCUCACGCACAGGGACCCACCACACAGAGGACUAUGUCAAGGACAGAGAACAGGGCUAGAGGUGGCAAAAUGGCCCACACAAGGACACGGUCCCUUCACCCUGUCUGGAGCACCUGGCCACCAUCAGGCCUCUUGGACACUGCCGGGAACACUACAGACUUCAGAGGCCAGGGCGCAGCACCCAGUGUGGCCACUCGCCCCAGCCCAACCUAAGAGGACAGGGCCUCCCGUCCGCAAACUGUUCACAGUAUUUAUGAAAAUAAAGGAAUGGGCCUGCAGCCCUAGACA